AUGUCUAACGGCGCUCGUUCGUUAUCGCUGUAUGAGGUAGCAAUUUUCUCUCGUGUUCUGAUCAUACUUUCCUUUCUGUCAUCCUCUUCUUCUCCCAACUUCAGGCCUUUUCUCCUUUCUUUCUUUUCGUAUAAGUGUCUCUUUUUGAGGUCUUUUUUCUCUCUUUUCUUUUCGUCUGGUCUUGGAUUUCCCUUGAGGUCUUUUUCUUCUUUCUCUUUUCGUAUAAGUACCUCUUUUGAGGUCUUCUCUCUCUUCCUUUCUUUUUCCAUCACUUUUCCCCAUGCCGCCAAAAAGGAGGGUACGACUUAUUCGGUCUGCAAGAAGGCAAGAAGGGCCGGCGAGUCCCAGGAGAAGAUUAGAAUGCAACUAUCACAGGUCACUCAACGCAGCACCCUCACGCAGGCCUCGCAGUCACAAGAAGAGCGUGCCAUCUGCUUGGUCGGGAAAGCUGCCUACAGAGCUUCGUUGCAAUCAAGUUUCAAGAAUGCACAACGGUCGAGAAUUAACGCACAGGCUGCAGCAACCGCCUCUGCAUCUCGGGCUUCCGAAACUCAUCAUCAAAAGCUUCUUCGUAACGUAAGAAACGCUGCUGUCACUGCAAAACCGAGGGCGCUAGGGCUGCUGAGACACCGCUCAGUCGAGGGCAGUAGAGACACCUGCCCGUACGCUGCAAUAGCGACCGCUGGGGCUGCUGAGACUGCUGAGGUCAGUUCGAAAUGCUACGAAUGCUGCCACCACCGAGGGCAGCUGAAACAUUUGACCGCAGGCGCGCCUGUCAAUCCAGGGACACUGCUGCAACAGGGAGACCGAGACAGAACUGCAGCGGGCAACCCGAAAUGCCCGCAACGCUGCAGCGACUUCUCCUGCCAAAAACUCCAAGGGCCCAUAGACAAGGGCAAACGGACUUUGAAGGGUUGCUACAAACAUAGCCGCUUUGAGCUUAUCUCAAAUACCCCCAAGCUCCCCGCAUACGCAUCGACGGCGACAUUCAGCGCCUUGCGGCCUCCCGUGGUGUUACCUGUCCCAGUAGCUCUUUUUGGUCUUUCUUGGUUUUCAAUUACGACCCUGGCAUUAACUUUACUACGCGUGAUGACAUCAACCAUGACCUGCACUACAACGUAUAGGCCGAAACCCGGAUUGGUAUUUUGCCGCCGUCGGGAAGAGUUCCUCGCAGGGACGUCAUAUUACUACUUCAGGCCAUGCCAGGUUCACAGCUACAUUCGCAGUUUCAAAUCUGCUUUGGAAAAUGCUCCCUUUCCUUCCUUCAGCAUUGUAAUUGACGCCGACAAAUGGCCUCAUGAUGAACACAAACGCCGCUACAAUGCUCCCGCGUGCAACGAAGUGACCGCUAUUAUACAUGGAUAUUGUCCUCAAAUCAAAAGGCGGCGCUCUUCGCAGGAUUUCAGAGACCCAUCGAUCAUAUGA